AUGGCUCCUCCUCUGGACCUAUCCCAUCACUUCUCCUACUCCACCAAGAAGAGAGAAUUGAGCAACAUCAAAGACCUAUACAAGUACUUUCUGAUUCCAGGGAUUGCGAACAUAGCCGGCGGUCUCCCGAAUUCGUCAUACUUCCCCUACGAUACACUCGAAGCAGCUGUCGCUCAUCCACAACGCUUCGCACCCUCCGGCAAAGAUUCCGAUGAUGCACGCUCAUCCCGGGUGACCGUACCGAGAGAGAGUCCAGCAGCCAAUCCGCUGCAGAAAAUCGAUGUCAACACGGCUUUGCAAUACGGCAUCGUAGAUGGCCUUCCUCCCUUGGCGACGUUUGUCCGAGAGUUUACCCGUAAUCAUUUGCAUUCCAAUGUGCCGUACACUAAUGGCCCCGACACCCUGUUGACCUGCGGGGCAACCGAUGGCUUCUCUAAGGCCAUUGAAGCAUUCACCAACAUCUGGGAUCCAGACCGAGACUGGGUCCAUCAUCGUGAGGGCAUCCUCUGCGAGGAGUUCGUAUACAUGAAUGCCGUUUCCACUGUCAAGCCUCGGGGGCUGAAUGUGGCCCCGGUCGCGAUGGAUGCCCAGGGCAUGCUAGCGCACGGUAAAGGGGGAUUGGCGGAUGUGUUGGAGAAUUGGAAUCAACGGAAAGGCCGUCGUCCGCAUCUACUAUACACCAUAACGAUCGGUCAGAACCCUACGGGCGGCAUUCUAUCUGUCGAACGCAGGAAAGAGAUCUACGCCCUCUGCAAGGAGUACGACAUAAUCAUUAUCGAGGAUGACCCUUACUGGAAUCUGCAGUACCCAUCUGCGGCGCGUCUCGCUGCGAAAUACCGAAGCGUCGCCACCACUUCGUCUUCGACGUCGACCCGCAAUUACAAUGCCAAUGGCCGGUCAUCCGGGUACAAGUUCCUGGAUUCUCUCGUACCCUCGUAUCUCUCCAUCGACACGGAUGGGCGUGUCGUACGCCUAGACACUUUCUCCAAAACUAUUGCGCCCGGGUGUCGCUUGGGCUGGAUUACUGCCCAGCCCGCGGUGAUUGAACGAAUCAGUCGGAUCACCGAAACGUCGACGCAGCAGCCAUCUGGAUUCGUUCAGGCAAUGGUGGCCGAGCUGAUUAUGGGACAGCAAGUAGGUGAUCAUGCUGCUGCGAAAAACAAGCAGAGCGACCAGAGCUGGCGGAUGGAUGGCUGGGUGCGGUGGCUGGAGGGGCUGCGAGGAGAGUAUGAACGACGCAUGCAGGACAUGUGCAGUACUCUUGAAGAUGGCAAAUAUAUCAUCGACUCUGAUGACGUAACUCAGUCCACCGAAGACAGUAGCUGGGAGGUGGUGGACAGGGUACAGAUGUACGAUUUUGUCUGGCCAGAAGGCGGCAUGUUUGUGUGGAUCAAGGCAUGCUUCGAGACGCAUGCCUUAUAUCACAAGUAUCCAGUCGAGAAAUUAUCCCGUGCGUUCUGGGUGUUUUUGACGCAGAGUCCACACCUGUGUCUGCUGGCACCCGGAAGCAUGUUUGCUUUCUCGAAGGGGGCUACAGAACGGUCAUAUUGUUAUUAUAGACUGUGCUUUGCAGCAGUGCCAGGUGACGAGGUACAGGACAUCGCGGAGAGACUGACUGGUGGCUUUCGGGCAUUCUGGCAGAAAAAGGACCUGGACGGUAUAGACGUGGAUGGUGAUGUAUCUGGAAUGCUUCAAUCCUUGCAUACACCGGAUAUGGGCAACAUGUUGGGUACGGGUUGCUGA